AUGGAUGGACUAAAUUCUGAAUUAAUCAAAUAAUGCUAAAUGUGUAACAGUUUUACAGUAAGCCAUGAUCGUAAAAAAGGUAAUGUUAAAUGUUUUCGUUGUGGUUACAUUGUAGAGGAUCAUUUCUAAUCCUACGAAUAAGAAGUUAAUAAUUAUGAUAAUGAUCCUACUCAAAUAAAUAAUAUGCGAGGUUUAGUACCUGAUGGAAGAGAAGAAGAUAUAAAAUUAGGUGAUAGGCCUUUAAAUAAUUAAGGUUUAUAGAAAAAUAAAACAGACGAAAAAGUCAUAAAAAUAAAAGAUUAAUGA